AUGCCCUUAACCAGGGCAGUCAUGCACAAGCUACAGUUUGCUCGAGGUAUUGGACAGCGGGAAAUGUUACGGGCCAAUACAUUACCAAGUAUUACGAGAGCAAAAGUUGGAUGCUUCGCUCGACUUCAUAUCUACGAGGAAAAUGCUCGAUUGAUUCUAAUCUCGCUGAUUCUAAUAGUAUAUUUGAUAUGUGGAGCCUUUCUCUUCAAUCACUUAGAAUGGGAAAAUGAGCAGAAGGAAAGAAAAGAAUUAGAUGCUCGCUUGCAAUCAUAUCGCAGGAAGUAUUGCGGAAAUAAUACAAAGGCAUGUGAUUUCCAUGAUCUUAUAGACUUGAUUAGUGAAGCUAAUUCUAUUGGGAUUUUCAAUUCAAGAUCACGUUUUGAUUUAUACGGUUCUUUAUUUUUUUCCGGCACUGUCAUAUCAACAAUAGGAUUUGGCUCAUCAACACCUAGGACAUGGGUAGGACGUCUGUGUACAAUCAUCUAUGGCUUGAUUGGAUGCACUGGAUGUGUUCUAUUCUUCAACUUAUUCCUUGAACGAUUCAUAACGCUACUUUCAUAUUUUUUGAGAUAUCUUCACGAAAAAAAGCUUCGAAAGCGGGCAGCUGCAUGUUCUACAGAUGUAAAACCAGUUACAUUACUGUUGAAUAAUGAUUAUAUAGAUACAGCUAGUUCUUGCGAAGAUGGUGGUGCUGAUCCAUGGCGACCAUCUGUUUACAAAGUAUUUUUUUGUAUAGCAACUAUAUGUGCUAUAACACUGAUUGGUCCAGCCAUGGUAUACUCAUUCAUUGAAUCAUGGCCAUAUGUGGAUUCUCUCUAUUUCUGCUUUACAAGCUUUGCAACAAUCGGAUUUGGAGAUUAUGUUUCCAAUUUGAAAGAUGUCAAUAUGAGUACAGAGCUGUAUCGAUUUAUCAAUUUCUUUUUGCUCACAUUCGGUGCUUGUAUCUUUUAUUGCCUUUUCAAUGUUUCUUCUAUUGUUGUUAGACAACUUCUUAAUUGGAUGAUUAAGAAAAUGGAUAUUAAAAUUGAAAGCGGAACCUUUUGUGGUCGUAAAAAGCAAAGAUAUUAUGGAUUGGGCUUAAGGCCGCCACGAGGUUAUGAAUGUCCGUCAUCCCGAUGUUCAAUGGAUGCAACCGAAGGAUUGUUAUCUUUAAAAGAAUUUUUAAUGAAUCAACAAAGUUCAGUAUUGUUAUUACAACGACAACUAAUUGCGAGUGCUUCAAAGAAUAUAAAAGAGCCAGAACCACCUAAGAUCUCAGCAACACGGGUCGGCCCAAUGGGUAUAUUAGAUGAGAAGUUCGGGGAUGAAUCAUAA